AUGCCUAAAAAACUGGCCAGACCUGAUGGGCCGGCUAGAGUGGGGGUUCCUAUUACUUCUACUAGGAUUCAGCUAUGUGGAGACUGUGGUAGGCGCCAUCCGGGCGAGUGUUGGAGGAGGUUUGAGGCUUGUCUGAGAACAGUGAGGGAUUUUUCUGAUGUCUUUCUUGAGGAGUUAUCGGGUUUACCUCCAAAUUUAGAAGUUGAGUUCGACAUUGAGCUUCCACCAGGUACAGCUUCGAUGUCUAUCGCUCCAUACCAUAUAACACCGAAGGAGCUUGUAGAGCUUAAGACUCAACUUCAAGAGCUUCUAGGUCGUGGUUUCAUCCGUCCUAGUUUCCGAGGGGCUUUAGUGUUCUCGAAAAUAGAUCUCCUUUUUGGGUACCAUCAGCUUAGAGUUAAGGAAGCUGAUGUUCAUAAGACUGCAUUUAGGACUCGUCAUAGACAUUACGAGUUCCUAUUUAUGCCUUUUGGUCUGACGAAUGCUCUAGCUAUAUUCAUAGAUCUAAUAAACCGAGUCUUUCAGCCAUAUCUGGAUCAGUUCAUCAUAGUCUUCAUCGAAGACAUUUUGGUUUACUCUAAGACUGAGGAUAAGCAUGAUGAGUAUCUUAGAAUAGUGCUUCAAAUACUCCGAGAGAAACAGCUCUACACUAAGUUGAGCAAAUGUGAGUUUUGGUUGCGAGAGGUAACUUUUUUAGGGCACGUAGUUUCUGCUGAAGGGAUCCGAGUUGAUCCAAGAAAGAUUGAGGUUAUGUUCAAUUGGAAACAGCCUAAGAAUACUGAUGCACAACAAUCGAGCUUCAAGAAGCUCAAAUCUAUUUUAACUCAAGCUCUUGUUCUGAUACAGCCUAAAUCUGGUAAAGAAUUUGUGGUAUACAAUGAUGCGUUGCGCAAGCAUUAUCUGUACGGUGAGAGGUGUAUUAUCAACACUGAUCACAAGAUCUUCAAGUGCCUCAUUACUCAGAAGGAGUUGAAUCUUAGACAGCAUCAAUGGAUUGAACUGCUCAAAGAUUGUGACUGCAUGAUAGAGUAUCAUCCUAGUAAGGCCAAUGUGGUGGCCGAUGCUCUCAGUCAAAGAGAGACGACUGAUUUGAGGGUGAUGUUCUCUCGUCUUAGUCUGUUUGAUGAUUGGGAUCUGUUAGCCGAGUUACAAGUUAAGCUGACUUGGAUUGAUCAGAUUCGAGAUAAGCAGAUAGAGAAUGAGUCUUUGGGUUUGCGGUUUCAUCAGAUUGAGAGUGAUAGUACUUCUGAUUUUGGGCUAAAUAAGGAUAAAGUUCUAUAUUUUCGAGGUCAGAUUUGUGUGCCGAAUGAUUCUGGUCUGAGUGGUAGUAAGAUGUAUCGGGAUCUCCGUGAGUUAUACUGGUGGCUGGGUUUAAAGCGUAAGGUUAUGAAUUUCGUUACUCGUUGUUUGACGUACCAACAAGUUAAGGCUGAACACCAGUUGCCUUCAGGUUUGUUGCAGCCCGUUAAGAUUCCUUUAUGGAAAUGGGAACGAGUGACGAUAGACUUCGUUAGUGGGUUGCCCUUGACACCCAUUAAGAAAGAUUCUGUUUAG